AUGUCGAACGUCAAGAAACCCCCGGUGUUUAUCGGCCCGCGCCGAGACGUCGUGGCUUCGCUGAAGAUGGCUUCGAUGGAGUUUUCGAAGCCAGCUCUUCCUGCCGAGAUAAUGUCUCUGGUCUUGGAUUAUGUGGGGCCAACAGAUCUUAUCAGGAUCGCACAAACAUCGAAGCGGAUGCGGGAAAUGGCAUACGAUGAUACAAGAUGGGUGCAGAGACUGAAGCUCAUGGGUUGCUGGGACGAACUGCAAGCAAGAAAACUAUCAGAGCAGGCGGCUAUCAUGACUGGUCUCCCACAAGGGACAGGAGGUGUAGUAUUGAAUGGGGAGAAGCCCAUCGCGAAUGGAACAGAACACCAGUCCCAUGACCGGAAAGCCUCGACGUCUGACGGCUUUGAUCCAACACCGAUAUCAUCUGUGGGAAAUUUGGAGCAAUCUGUAACUUCCACACAAGACAGUGCACUGGUGGUAUUGAAAAACGUCAAGUCAAUCCGUGGGCAGGCGCGCCAGGAGUAUGGGAAGGUUCAUGCUGCUUUAUCGCCGUUCUACGAGGACAUUGCAAAUUCAGGAGGCUCAACGGAGAGCUUGGUUUUCAAGAGGUACACUGAGCCAGAGAGUCAGGCUCAGAUGCUUUCUCAACUGCAGGCAUUCGCAAAGAGUGACAAUACUCAAGGCUGGUACGAGAGAGAACAGCGGCUUCGUAUGGCUGUCUCGUUGUUCGAGACCGCGGCUCUCAAAGAGUUUCGAAAUGGCUAUGAAUCGGACGAUAUUGACGUUCUCAUGCGGAGAUAUGCACACGUGCUGUGGAUACUCAAUGGGGGUCAGUCUGCAAUUGACCUGUUUAUCCAUCAUAAUCAUCUUAUAACCCGGAAAUCCGACUACGGUAAUGUCAUGGAUUGUAUUGAUACAUCAACGGGGACUGUGAAACUCGAGCAUACGCAAGCAUUCCUCACGCGCUUUGGAGUGGCUUACAAUGAAGAGAUCUCGAUUAUCAACCGAGCGUUUCCGCCCAGUCUAGACGUUGUUACCCCGUUUCUCGAAAAGGUCGGCAGCGAUGUUUUAUCUCCGUUCUUGACCGCACUAUUUGAUGAACUACACCGAGUGAAUAUUGAGUCAUAUUUGAAGGCGGUCUCUGGAACGUUUGUGCAAUGCUUUAACCUCAUGAAAGAUCUGCGACCUAGUCAGAGUGACAAUGAAGGCUUACACGAGGCUGUGAUACCUGUCCUUCGUCAAAUUUACGAACCUCAUAUCGACCUCUAUCUAGCGGAGGAGCUGGACUUCUUCCGACAAGGUUGUGACACCGCAGUCCGGGACUGGGACAGACAACUCUCCGAACAGGCCGCAUCGACAGAAUCUCUUCUGAUGUCCAACGUCAAUCGACAAGCAGACAAGAAAGACUUCCUUUCUUCUUUCAAGAAAGUGGUUAUGAUGCCAGUGAACAUUCUUCCUACGUUCUCCAGCAAACCCAGCGGCCAGAAAGCGGAGGAGGAGCCCAAGGGCGGCCCCCCUCCCUCUAAAAAGUUUUCAUUGCCAGAGGCUCCAACGGAUGAGCUUGCUGCAAAAGCUGCCAUCAUGAACAUGAAAUUGGAGGGUAUCCGCUCGCUUUUUAGCAUCGAGGUUGCCUUGAGUUUGGUCCAUGCUGCCAAAGCCAGCCUUGAACGUGCUGCACAGUUUGUGAAGCUUGGUGGUGAAUACGGGGAUGCUGCCAAGCAGCAAUGCAAAGGCAUAUUUGUGUCUCUUCUCCACAUCCUGGGCCAUCGUCACGUUAUCGAAGGGUUUGACAAGGCGGUGGACCAUCUGUCCAACUACCGACCUCGAGAGCAAGGCGAGCGUGACGAGUCCAAUGUCAAACCCUUAGUGACCUUUCUUGAGCUGGUUAACGUGGGAGAUCUCAUCCUCCAGAUGAUGGACGUGUUCUACGAACAGGAACUUGUCGGUACGAAGUUGACGGACCGGAACGACUUUCUUGACCCGGCUGUCAAAGCGAAGAAGAAAUUCGAACAGAUGCUGGACGAACGGGUGGCGUCUGGACUGAACAAGGGAAUUGAUGUGCUCAUGGAGGAGGUGGACUACCUCCUGGCCACGAAACAGUUGAGCACCGACUUUAACCCAGAGGCCUCGAUGAAUCCACAGCGGCAGACAAUGGAUGUUGGUGUCAGCGAGGCUGCUCUUGCGGUGGUUGACGUUGUCUCGUCGCAUACCCAGAUGCUGGUGGGGAGCACAGACAAGAGCACGCUCGAUGUGUUCAACCAGGAAGUUGGGCUACGGCUCUUCGCGGCGAUUUGCAAACAUCUCAAGCGCCAGCGGGUUAGUGUGGAAGGGUCUCUGAAACUGAUCAGCGAUAUGAACCAUUAUUUCAAAUUCAUCCAGACGUUCAAGAACAACGAACUUCUUCUCUAUUUCAAGGCUCUUCGAGAGCUGUCCCAGAUCUAUCUCGUGGAUCCAUCCGACGCCAAGGAGCUAGCUACCAUAAUUGCCGAUGCGGAUCGGUUCUACGGCAUCUUCCGGGCGGAAGAGGUUUACGAAUUCGCUGAACGGCGGGCCGACUGGUUCCAAGUGCGACGGGAUGUCGAGCGAGCCAUGUAUGGUGUUGGAUGCAGCGUGAUUAUACCCUACUGGAAUGACAUUACCUGUAUAUACGAGGUGAAUGGCUCGAUUUUAAUUUAUGAAGGGAAUGAUUCAUCGAUGACUCUUCUAUGGUAUGCUGCUAUUUUUGGCACCGAUACAAUGUGGGGAGUAAUCUCAUAUUCCCUUUUUUCUCUAUUUACCAUCCAGCAUCUUUAUAUUUGUGUGCCGCUCAUCUGCGGACAGCAAGCACAAGCAAUAACCACUACUACCACUGUUCAAGCCGCGGCACAGUGCUCAACAUUUUUGUCUUCAUCAUAUACUUCACCAUCCGAAUUUCGAAACGAAGUACUCGACAGCACCAACUACUAUCGCCACCUAGACAAUGCCGAAGUCACUUAUUAA